UGGUGAAACAGAGGAAAACAAUGCCGGAACACAGUCCAGCACCGACACCGCAUAGAGCUAUCUAUGGCUUUGCGUUUUAUAUGCUCUUUACCGUGUUAUUUAUAGUUUAUGUGGCCUGGGCGUAUUUACCCGUAAAUCUGGGUCUACACUCCUACCUGCCGGACAAAUAUUUUGCUGUUUUUGUGCCAGUGCUAAUAUUAGUGGGCGCUUUUAUGUUUGCCUUCUUUUUUUAUCCGGCUCUUAACUUGUCACUAACUGCAGACAUAGACUCUAUUACAACUGUCGUUGAUCCAAAAUUAGCACUAGCCAAAGGAACAAAAUUUACAUCUUGGUCACAACUGCAAGUCGAAUCUGCUGCCCACAAAACUGCCUCCAGAUCAGUGCCUAUUGAUUGUAAUACGUGUAAUACCAGCCACAUGCCCAAAACCCGUAGACCCAUUGCACCACUUAGAUUCUUAGACUUGCAAGAAGUAAACAAAGCUUAUUAUAACUAAA